AUGUCUCCCGAUCAUAUGCAGCAGAGCGCCGACACGACCAACGACAUGUUCCCACCUGGUCUCGAAGACGGCCUCUCUGUCACCUCGUCCUUCCCGACCAAAGAUCCCCUUGUCCUGGGCUUGGUGGAGGCCCUACACUCUCUCCUGAGCGGGUACCUGUCGUCCAUUCGGGCAACUUUGGAGAUGAAGCACAUCCUCCUCCUGCUGAUAAAGACGUUCCACGACUUGUGCGAGCAAAUGGCCUUCGAGAAAGACGCCUGGCUGCAGGAGAUCCGGGAGACGGUCGACCAGCAGGGCAGCUCACCGAAGACCACGCGAGAGCAGACGGGCGCCAUCAUCGCCGAUAAGAUCAAAGCUGCCCCGUGGGGCCUCACCAAGCGUCCAGACCAAUCGAGAUCGGAUACCGCCCAUACGAUCCUCGCCAUCUACAAGGCCGUGGUCGUGUUUGUGAAGGCUCUGGAGGCGGGACUUGAGCAGAGAGCUCAGCAGGGCUUCGACCUCAAGAAGUACGAUGUCGAGGAAAUGCAGUCGGAGGAAGAAGAGGAGGAGGAAGACGACGCACAAGCAGCACACAUGGUGGCGAAAGUACCCAAGAUCAUCAUCCACCCACCCAAACCACCAAAAUCCGACACCGCCUCACCACCAGCACCAUCCUCAUCCCGCAAAACCCCCGGCAAAGGCUCCGGAAACUACAACCACGGCAUGUUCACCGUAUGGACGAUCGCCGAAUGGGUGCACCUCCUGAAGCUCUACUGGGAAAACCCGACGUUGAUGGGCAAGCAGAUGGCCCAGAUGCAUAACGACGGGUACUGGGUGCCCAAGGGACGGACGGUCAAGCGGUCGACGGAUAGUGUCCGGCAGCAGUAUAAGAAGCUGAUGGGGAAGGGGACGAAGGAGGAGACUAUUGGGAAGAUUCCGGAGAAGAUUAGGGAGUUGGAGGGGAGGGUGACGGAGGUGGGGAGGAGGGGGGGAGAUGGGGAGGAGGAGGGGGUUUGA